AUGAAAUCGCAAUUUUCAUUUUUAAUUUUUAGAAAUAUUAUAAAUAAAUACAAUAUAAAUAAAAAAAUAAAUUGUAAUAACAUAAAUACUAUUAAUAAAAAUAAUAAAAAUAAUAAUAAUAAUAAAAAUAAUAAUAGUAAAUUUAAAUUAAAUUGUAAUAAUAAUAAUAUUCGAUAUUUUUGUUCAAAACCAAUAACAACAACAACAACAACAACAAAAACAAAUUUAUUAAAAAUUACAAAAAAUAUGAGUGAAAGUAGUAAAUUAUUAGAUAAUAAGAAAAUAGAAUUAAAUGAAAAAUAUAAUGAUCCUAAAUUAAUAGAAAAGGGUAUAUUAGCUGGUAUUCCAGAUAUUUUCGAUGGUAUUAUUGUUAAAGAUACAACACAAUACCCAAAGGGUAGUGGGGAAGAUAGUGUUAGUAAAUUUAAAGAAAUCAUUAAAAAUAGUUUACAAUUUUGGACAGAGAAUAAACGUAGAGGCAUUUGGAUAGAGAUACCAGAAACUAAUUCAAUAUUAAUUCCAACAUUGGUAGAGAAUGGAUUCUCAUUUCAUCAUUGCCAAUCCAAUUACAUAAUGUUGACUAAAUGGCUACCAAUCGGGGAACCAAAUAAAUUACCACACUAUACCUCUCAUUUCAUUGGUUGUGGUGGUGUUGUAAUUAAUGACCGUAAUGAAAUUCUAUUGAUCACUGAGAAGCAAAGACCUGAUAAAUGGAAGAUACCAGGUGGAGCCAACGACCCAGGUGAAGAUAUUUGCGAGACUGCAGUUCGUGAAGUUUGGGAAGAGACAGGUAUUCGUACUGAGUUUGUGAGCAUUCUUGGCCUUCGUCAGUUGCACAACUAUGCCUUUAACAGAGGUGACAUAUAUUUUAUCUGUGCUCUUAAGCCGUUGUCAAGUGAAAUCAAUAGUGAUCCAUCUGAAAUCGCUCAAUGUAAAUGGGCACCUGUAAAAGAAUUCACAGAGAUCGAAACACCAUUCCCACUUCAAAAAUCAGUUUCAAGAUUAGCUUAUGAUUAUUGUUUCAAUGGUUAUAAAGGUAUGAAAGCAAGUGCUGUCGCCAAUAGUUUACGUGCUGGUAAUUCUUUUGUUUAUCAUGGUUCUGAUACUGAUUUUGAAGAUUUAAAACAAUAA